UGUCUUUGGAAAUUUUACGGCCAGGAUGUAUUUUGAGGACUCCUCCAAUGGAACCUCUUUACCUAUUUCCUUACAGUUUGCCAUCAUGGAGUCCCCUUGUCACAACAGGGCACAAUGCAAACCGACUGGGAUCUAUUCCUGUGAGGACACCCAUCGUAGCCACAGUUUUGAUGCGUACUACAGCUGUGUGUGUGCGGGAGGCUGGCAGGGCAAAUACUGCGCAGAGGACAUUAACGAGUGUCUGAGUAACCCCUGUAUCUCCCCCUAUGUCUGCUUCAACAACGAGAAUUACUAUGAGUGUGCCUGUCCUCUGGACAAUCCUCACUGUGAAUUUGAGCUCUGGGUCAUCGCCAUUAUUGUUCUGGCUGUAGUCCUCCUCAUCAUUUUCAUAAUUACUGCCGUGUACAGACUGAAAUUUAAGCGCAGUCCUCUUGACUAUGAAACGGAUAGCCAUUUUGGAUCCACAUCUUCCAUGACUGGGUCAGCUUCUAGUGUCAGCGACGAUGAAGAGAGCUUACUUGAUGAGAAACCCUGGACAUAUGAUGAUGGUGCCUCUGCUGAUAUUGAGUACUUUAAGAACCCCAAUUUCACCAGGGGUUUCACUGGAGAAUUUGAUAACCUUCCUCCCAAAAAGGAAGCUAUCGAUGAGAUGUAUAGGGGCUAUCACAAUCCAGUUCUGGAUGUAGAGCCACACUAUGAUCCUGAUGAGGACAGGGUUUACCAUGAGAGACACACUAAAUCUACCUUUGAACCACUUGUACCUACCAAGUAUGAAGGAGACAAACUACCCCAGAAUAUUCCUCCUGUCUUAACCACUGGGAAACGAGGUCGAGUCCUGCCCGCUCUGAACCUAGAUAAAUCCUCCCCGUACUACCCCCCUCCCCCAUACCAGCUGAUGGACAAAAGUGGGAAGAAGAAGAAGAGGAGGAGAAAGAAGAAGAUAGGUAACAAGGAUGACCACCACCUGGAGGAGGAGUACAAGGCAGGCAGGCAGACCCCACCCACCCAGAUUCAGAGAGACGCCGCCAAGAUGUUUGAAGCUGGAAACCAACAGAACGGCAAUGUGGGACCUAGAAAAAUCACUGUGGGCCCUGAAAGUGGAUUUGCCAAAAUCCAUCCAACCUCCGUUGAUGGGAAAGCAUCUUCAGACAUGACGUAUGAUUUUUCCUUAUUUAGUAAGAGCCAUCCACCUUCCCAUCACACGAGAACAACAAAGAAUGGGGACUCUAAAUCCCAGAAGGUUCACCCAAUGUUAGACAGCGACAGAAGUAAUGGAUUCGAGGCCCACAUGACAAGUACACCCAACUCUGAUGCCCUUCAUCUGCAACAGACCAACCACAAUAGACAAAACAACUUCAAUGAUAGUGUGAACAUUGAGAGUGAACUGUGAUAUUUCUUUGGUAUUUAUGUUUGUGCCAAAAACUGUUAUUUUCUUUAAUGAUUUAAACUGUGAUAUUUGUUUGUGCCAAAAAAAUUAACUAUUUGAUUUUUUAACAUAAUACUAGUAUUUUUGUGUUUGUUUUGAUUUAUUUUU